AUGCUGAGCAUCGCAGUGGCUGCCUCUGCACAUCCUUGCUUUGAUGAAAACGACUUGGAGGAUGCAGCCAGGGUGAAGCUCAACAACCAUUUAUCCCAGACUGGUUUUCCCAUGCAGGCCUCAGAUGUGCCCAUCAAGUGCCCCGUUGAUCUGUACAAGACAGGCAGUGAUCUGAUGGGCCGCUCCAUAUCCCCGUGGGCCAUUGUGGAACGAAAGAUGCCUGGGCACUUCCCGUCCACUUACUAUGAGGCCGAGUGUCUGUGUCAAGGCUGCAUUCUUCCAGACGAAGAUGGAGAACCGCAUGAAACAACUUGUUACAACUCUCGUCCGGUGAAUCAGACUCGCAUUUUUCCUGAAGAGGGAGCUGUGUGA